AUGUUGACCGAUGCCGGCUGGCGAGAUUUCAAUUCUCACUUGUCACCUCGUUUCGUCUCGUCAAGCCUCGCUGAUGGAAAUGUCGACAGGUCGCCUACGUUUGCCUGCCAAAGAUGCAUCUACCCAGUGCGCCGCUCGCUGCGGCCGCGCCGCGCAGCCCCCGCCGGCGGCGGCGACGCCUCGCGGGGCCCCGGGGGCUGCAGCGCCAAACGCAAGCGGGACCAGUUCGCCGAGAACAGUUCGCUGAAAACUAAGGGAGCCCAGAAGGCGUAUCCGGAUAAUACGGUUAGCGACAAGAUCGCGGACGACGGUGACGCUCAUCGCGAGGCGCGACGGCUCCGCGCGAAAAGACUGCGCGUGGGCGAGGCGCGCUUCGGCUCAGCGCCUUCUCCGAGGUCCGUGAAGUCGGAGGCCGAGCCGGCCGUCGCCCAAAUGCUCAUCCGCGCAGACGUGCACGCGCCGCCGGCAGACGUACACGUACCGAGCAGCGGCAGCGGCAGCCGCUCCAUGUCGCUGACGUCGCCCGAGGCCGAGCGCGAGAUCGCCUCGCAUCUCUACGGCUAACAGAAGCUACCGACUACAGUGCCCAUUCAUUUUUCGUAUGUAAAAGAAUAGUUAUGUUUGAUUUUUAAAAGUGCGACAUCCCAAUGCAACGUCGUGCCUUUAUUAACAAUGAAAAGAUUUGUUUUGGUUUUUAAGACGGAUCAUAAUGAUUCACGUUAGUUUCUGAGCAACUCGUAUUUGCUGAUUGUGAACGUCGAAACUCACUGAUAGGAGAUAGUUAUUUCGGAAGACUCACGUGCGUUUCAAGUGAGCACGAAGGAAUUUUACGAUUGUACUUAGUUAUUUUUUAUUUAAAUUUUUAUGUGGUAACUUCAUAAAAUGUGGACCCGGGCCUUAUUCCAGCGUAACCAUUAUCGAGUUGUUAUAAUUGAAUAAUUAGAUAUGUAAAAAGGCAUGAUGGAGGCGGAUUCUGUAGCAAAAAAGUAAAUUUAGCCAGUUGUAGUCACAGAACAGGCUAAAUUUACUUUAGAACUUGAUUUAACUGAUGCAGUGUUUUAAAGUUAUGAGUGUUUACUGUCCGCGCUUAGCUAAUGCUACUCUGGUAGCACCUUUUUCAAUCUCGAAAACCAUAGCACCUAGCAUCAAUUAGAUCACUUCCAGAAAAAGUCACGGUUCAGCCGGUUCUAGUAGGAAAUCGAUUGACUAAGGUUAUGGUUACUGUACACGCGAAUUCGGAUGAAGUCCUUGUGGGCGUUUAGUGUUAUAUGAUCAAAUGUAAACAUUAAUUCUAAUUGAUGUAAUUCAUGUAAAUCCCACAUCAAAAUAAAUAUCAAAUCGUACUUACUGCUAGUGUUGAGUUCCGUAGCAACUUUCUCCCACUUUUGCCGAGAAAUAUUUCUGUUAUGAUCAUUUCUGCCUCUCAUAUCCAUAUCCCACAAACACUUGUUCUCGUACACAAGACUUAUCAAUUUAUCGUUAUCCAUGGUGUAAUAACCAAAUUACUCGAAAUUCAAAGGACGAAAACACCCAAAACUGGCGAAUGUCGCACGACAAAAUCAAACGAGUUUGAAUGCUCAACUGGUUCUGACGAUGUCGUGCAUGUUCUGACGUAUUCGUCGUUGUCAUUAAAAAACAUGCGUUCGUUUGUUCGGCUGAAGUCGUCAGAAUAUAUUUUCGUCAAAACUCGCAUCCAUAGUAAUCGUAGCUUAAAAGAUGAUUUUUUUUAUCUGAUUCGUUUAAAAUUCAUUAAUGGUGAC